AUGAAAAUGGCAACCCCAAUGUUUCUCAAAGGCAUCAUACAGGUCUUUGUAACUUGUUGCAUUUGCCUUGCUGCAGGGGAAUUCUGCGAUAACACCCCUAGUAGCCGUGAUUGCUGGGGCGAGCACAACAUCUCAACGGACUAUACGGUUAUAACACCCGACACAGGAAUCACUCGAGAGUACUGGCUAUCAGUUGAAAAUUGUACCUUGGCCCCUGAUGGCUAUGAACGACAAGUUCUGGUAUUCAACGGUACCUAUCCAGGGCCGGUCAUCGAAGCAGAUUGGGGUGACAAUGUCAUUGUCCAUGUAUCCAACAAAUUAACAGAUAAUGGAACAUCUAUUCAUUGGCAUGGUAUCCGGCAGCUUGGCUCAAAUCAGUAUGACGGGGUUCCGGGAGUCACACAAUGUCCAAUUUCUCCGGGGGACACUAUGACAUAUACGUUCCGUGCCACGCAGUAUGGUACAUCGUGGUAUCAUUCUCAUUGGAGCCUUCAACUUUCUGAUGGGUUAUAUGGUCCAAUCGUUAUUCAUGGUCCGACAAGUUCCGAUUAUGAUAUCGAUCUGGGUGCCGUGUUUAUUAAUGACUGGUACCACGCAAGUGCAUUCCAGCUUUGGGUGGAAAAGACCGAAUAUGGUGGAUUUCCUGUUCGACAAAAUGCCGUUGCCGAAAAUGGCUUGAUUAAUGGGACAAAUACGUAUCCUUGCGUGAACUCAAAUGACCCAGCCUGCGUUGGAACUGGGCGUCGCUCAGAAACAAUCUUCCAGAAAGGCAAAAAAUAUCGUAUCCGGCUAGUUGAUGCGCAGACUGAUGGAUGGAUGAAGUUCUCCAUUGAUGGACACAAAUUGACUGUCAUUUCUGCUGACUUUGUGCCAAUUAUUCCAUACCAGACUGAGAGUGUCAUUCUUACUUCGGGUCAGCGGUAUGAUAUAAUUGUCGAGGCCGAUCAAGAGAUCGGCAGCUUUUGGAUGCGAUCAAUAUAUCAAACAGCUUGCAAUUCAUUAUCAAUCGGCAGAAAUGAUAUUCGCGGUAUAAUUCGAUAUGAUAGUGCUGCAGAGACUGAGCCAACGACAAAGCCUUGGGCCAGUAUCACAAAUUCAUGUGGGGAUGAACCGUAUACCGACCUGGUUCCCUAUAUCUCCAAAAACGUAGGCAGUGCAGACAGUCAGAAUAUUCUAGAUAUUGGAUGGUUUUAUGAGACGGAUCUUGUCUUUCAUUGGGCUAUUAACACAAAGGCAUUGAAAAUCGACUGGCAGCGACCGACAAAUCUUCUCAUCUACCAAAAUCAGUCCAUAUUUCCAACUGAUUAUAACAUAUAUGAGAUUCCUAACAAUCAAGAGUGGACAUAUUGGGUCAUCCAAGACUUGGGCUUUGUCAAUGCCUAUCACCCUUUCCAUCUUCAUGGUCAUGACUUCUACAUUUUAGCGCAGGGAAUUGGAUUAUACAGUUCAACUAUCCCUCUCAACCGUAACAAUCCCCCUCGAAGGGAUACAGCUACAAUGCCUGGCUCUGGGUAUCUCGUUAUUGCUUUUGAAAAUGACAACCCUGGUUCUUGGUUAAUGCACUGUCAUAUUGCCUGGCAUGCAAGCCAAAGCCUUGCGCUCCAAUUCGUGGAGCGACCGGAAGAAAUAUCUCAAUUGGUACAACCUAUUGCUACAGAUGUGCGGUCGUCUUGUGCAAAGUGGGAGGCUUAUUACUCCGAAGCGUUUCACAAGCAGGAUGACUCGGGGAUUUGA